AUGACGCGAACCGUUGAAAAAUGUAUAAAUGCUUCAAAAGCACCCGUCAAUGGGUCGUUUAAACGCUACCACCCGAUGAGUUUGGUUUUUAGAUUUAUGGCUGCUGAGUGGCUGCAAGCGAGAUUGAUUUAUUCAUGGGUUAAUCAACGCCAUUUACCUGCCAGCUUAGGUCCAUUUGACGUUACAUACAAAAACCUCGAAAAUGGCCGUUUUGCUUCCGACGAGGGAUCGACGUCAUUUUUUAACUCCAGGCCGAACACCGUGAAUCAAUUUUUGUCGGAAAUCUGUAAUCACGAUUGCCGUUCACAAACAUAA